GCCUUAGAUUUUAUCGCAAAUAUUAUGCUCCUUUUAUCAGGUGUCGAAAAUCAAAACCCUAACUUACCAAAAUCUUCCAACAAGUUCCCUAAUUAGGCCAUCUCAAGUAGUAAUGGCUACUCCUACUAAGGUUAUAGCUGAAUACGCAAAAUCAAACCGGUCUACAUGCAAAAAAUGCUCAGAUUCAAUUUCUGUAAAUACACUUAGGUUAGGUCAACAUAGUAAAGAUCCAAGAGGUUAUGAUGUUACUAAAUGGCACCAUCUCAAUUGUUUCCCCUCCGAUUCUCUUCAACCUGGUUCUACUGAGAGUAUUCAAGGUUUCUCUUCUCUUAAGAGUAGCGAUCAGGAAGCUCUUGAAAAGUUAACUGCUGGACGUGAUUUGAAAUCAAAACAGGGUUCUGAUCAUGGUGAAAAGGAAGCGGAGGAGGGGAAUGGGGAAAAGAGUUCGAAAAAAUCAAAGGUUGAUAAGGUAGAUAAACACGAAGAAGAAGGUGAACAAAAGAAAGUGAAGGUCGUAGCUGAGUACGCGAAGUCUAACCGCUCUUCUUGCAAGCAGUGCACCAAAGGGAUUCCAUCAAAAACACUGAGAUUAGGCUUAGUUAGCAGUGAUCGGGGAUUUGAUAUGACAAAAUGGCAUCACCUGAAAUGCUUAUCAACUGUUCCUCUACAAGUUGAUUCUGUGGAUGAGAUAGAUGGGUUUCCAUCACUUAAGAGCAAUCAUCAAGAAGCACUGAAGAAGCUAUUGAAGGGUGAGCCGCUUCCGAUAGAGGUUCUUAAAGAAGAUGAAGCUGCACUAGAUGAACUCCAAAGUAAAUCAAAGACACCAAAGCCCUCUGCCAAGAUUGUCACUGAGUACGCAAAGUCUGGCCGCUCUUCUUGCAAGAAAUGCAGCGAGGCAAUUCCUGCGAAGUCGCUGAGGUUAGGCUCAAUCAUCAAAGAACGAGGGCAUGAUGUGACAAGAUGGUAUCAUCCAGCUUGCUUUCCUACUGAUUCGCAGCCCAUCAUUUCUGUAAAUGAGAUUGAUGGCUUUUCAUCACUUGAGAUUGGAGACCAAGAAGCACUGCAGAAGAUUAUGGAUGGAUGUGCUCAAUUGCCUAAAGAGGUUGUGGUUGAAGGAAGCGAUGGCCAAAACUCGAGAGAACUUAAAGUUCGUAAAAAAGAAGGCAAGGAAAGUAAUUCCAAGAAACUGAAGGUAGCUGAGUAGGAGAUGCUUAAUUGAUCGCCUCCUGGACCGCAUUCUCAUUCUGGAUUCUCAUGCUGAGACUGCCAGAUCAAGUUCAGAGGCAACAGGCAACGGAACCAAGCAGGGAGGCGUGGAUGUUGCUGUGUAGGAGCUUUCUGAAAGGUCGUUUAAUCUCCUCAUCUUUAAGAGGAAAGAAAAAGUAGCUUUUGACUCUUUUGGACUUGCGGUUUUUUCUGUUUUAUGUUGGUGUAGUUUUUUAUUUCGUUUUCUCUUUUCUUUCUAUUUUACUUGUGUACUUACUUCCUGUAAAUUUUAAGUCUAAGUUUGAACCAACCAAUCUAGUAAUGAUCUGCGAAAUUUUAACCUCUUC